CAGCACAGUACUAACAACUAACACAUAUUUGCGAUUCGCGCAGAUCGUACGCAAGCACACCACGUGGUUGAUGUUUAUGAAUUGCCGCACAAAGUAAUAAUUCUAUGUAAAAAUUGUCUCGAACGCUGAAAACACACGAUGCAAGGUGGCAAAAUGAAAUCUAAGAAAUCGAAGAAAGCUGUUGACGAUGCGGCGAAAACUUUAUACGUGCGUCUACCGCACACGAUCAAAAGUAAGAAAGAGAUUGAAGAUCUUUUUUCUGGCGAUAUUACAGUCAAAUUGACCAGACAAUCUUCGAGACAUUGUCACGUGGUUUUUCCGAGCGUCGAGGAAAAAAUUAAAAAUAUGAAAAGUAUUAAAAAAAAAAAAAUCGAUGGGAAACGCAUUCUUGCCAGUGAACCCAGAAUUAAUCCGUCAGGGGAAAAAAAAAAUAAAGAAAAGAAAAUCAAAGUAUCUAAGCCCGCCCAGGGAAUGAAGAUCACCCAAACACUUCAUGUUUCCAACGUCAGAGGAGGUACUAAGGCACAUGAAAUUAAAGAAGCUUUCCCAGGCUGCUCAUCCGUGGUUAUGCUCAAAUCUAAAAACUCAAGAACCAAAGUCGCCAUCGUAAAGCUCCGCAGUAUUAACCUGGCUGGUGAAUAUUUGCGUAGACAGCGAAAGUGGCCUGAGGUGAGAGGUCAAGUUCUAAGAAUUCAGCCAAAAGUAGUAAAAAGAGCGAAAAAAUCGCGCAGGAAAUUGGUUCGUAUGAAGAUUUACGAUGGCGAGGGUAACGAAAUAAUCAACGAAUCUAAGAAAAAGAGUGAAAAACAAAGCAAAGUGGGAAAAAAAGAAAUUGAAAGCGCCGAAGAGUCUGAAGACGACGACGAAGAAGAAGAAGAAGAAGAAGAAGAAGAAGAAGAAGAAGGAGAAGAAGAGGAAGUCGAACAAGAUGAUGAAGAAGCUGACGAAGAUGAUGGAGCUGAUGAAGAUGACAGUGAAGAAGAGGAAGAAGAAUCAGACGAGUCCAGUGAAGAAGAAUAGUUCAGUAGUUUGAAUUACGAGAAUUGACGUAUAGAUUGAAUCGUUAAUUAAUUUACAUCGUAAUGGUAUAUUUUAAUUUGCCACUCGAUUAUUAAUAUACUACAUUUCUAUAAGGAAUCUUGUUUAUAUUUUAAGGCUACUGUUGAUUAUCCAGACUGGUCAAUAUAUUUUUUCGACACUCA